AUGAUGUCCACUAAGAUCAUACAAGAACUGAAAGAGUUGCCGUUGAAUACAGUUGAAGAUGCACAAAAGUUUUUCUGCAUUACCGCUGAUGUAAAACAGCAGGGUGUCACCCUUCCACCCAUUAGCCAUAUGUUUUUCGCACGAGUUGACUCGGGCCUUCAAUUUGAACCAUACAACAUUCGCACCAUAUGUCGUGACAAUCGCCCGAUGAACUACUACAUUGUGACAAAGAAUCAUGUGAUUCAUGUCAAUCGGCGUGAUGGGGAGUACGACGUAGUGGUGCCCUUGGAGCAGUGGGUUUGCGAAGCAAAAUGUUUCAGCAGAAUCCGCAAAAUAGCGUUUUUCAGAAACUACAUUCUUCACAAAGCGCUCCGAUGCCUCCUAGACAGCGCUCGGCGGGCAAAGUUUAGGAGAAACCGUGCCAUUCUCUCAAAACGACUUUUGUUGGCGACACCGCCAUUCCUAAAUGACCUGAUUACAUUGCGGAGAAAAGUGUUCGAUUUUCAAUGGGCUCCAGUUAUGGGAAACUUCCAAAAAGUUUGCUCUUUGCAAAUUAGCGGUGAAAGAGGCAACGCCGCUGGGUUUUCAACUGACGAGUUUGUCAACAUGCAGGCCGACUACGCGAAAUCGCUCCAGCGAAAAUUCUCAUCUGUGUUGCUCGAUAUUUUGAGCGUUGUUAUCGAGCGCGUGAAAAGCGUCACACAGCUCGUUUCCACAAUGCGGGUGGUUGAGAAAUACCCGGGUGCUACUGGAAGUGUCAACAAAGAUGUCACUGCAAAGGAGUUCCACAAGUAUCAAAUGGAACAAAAACGUCUGGUCGUCGAUUACGAAAAGCUGCCGUCUUAUAUUCGUCUCGUGCAUCAUUUUCAACUCGAAAGCAUGUUUCAACAGGCAUGUUCCACCUUUUUUAAUUUGGAAAGCACCAUGCGAAGACGAGUACAGAGUUUGCUUUGGCGGUUUCGAGUGGAAUGCAUAGUGGAUGGUCAAAAUACACUUUCUCUGUUUCCGUCAAAAGAGCAAGUUGUGGCAUCAGUUGGCGCAGUUAUGGACAAGUGCAUCAAUUCUCUCUGCGCUGCACCGACGUGCGUUGGAUCUGAGGUGCUGAACGAGUUUACAGCUAUGAUUAAGUUAACAUCUUUGCGCAGCGCGCUGCUUGGGGAUGCCCUCAUCUCCCUACACAAAAACGAAGUUCUCAUGUUAAUUGAGGUGGAUUACGAGGAAGCAAAGAGCAAGCUGGCGUUCUACAAGCCUCUUGUGGCUGUUUCGCAGUUUUUAGGCGAGUGGCGCGAAGUUUCAACCCGCUGGGACUUUAUUUUGUCCACUGAAGAUUCCCUUUUGGAAGCGAUUACGGAGUCCGAAAUUCGCGGCUACGCAACAAAGGCUUACAAAGCGCAGAGCGAAAUAUUGAAGCUAUCGACUCGAACCUACGGUACUAUUGUGGUCGAGUGUGAUAACACACUGGAUAAGCUGGUUAACCAGCUGAAAAGCGUUCUGACCGAUAUCGAAGCAGCCCUGGGGAAGCUUAUCAAGUUGAAUCUCCGUUACUUGAAGUCAGAGUGUGACUCAUGGGUGGAAGAGCUCAGUCUUCCAGACAUAGUCCUUGGCCAAUUUAUCAAUUGGUAUUUGAGGCUGCAGGAUUCAGGGCCUACUUUCGACAAGUUCUCUAAUAGUGUGGCAGAUUUACAGAAUUUAUAUCGAUUACAAUCUGAGUUACGCGAAAAAGCCAACCCAGGCGUUAUCAGUGAGGCGGAGGAUUAUUCGUCCUUAUUGCGUGUCCCAUUUCAGAGCGCAAUAAGCGAGGCUCGAACAUAUUACUCUUCGACUUCUAGCAGGAUCAAGGAAAUGCUGCUUGCCGAGCACGCUCGUAUCAUCGAGUCCGUUACUAGCACGAAAAAGCGACUUGCACGGGAGUACAGCAAUGAAAACACAGACAAAAUUGGUGCAUCAGUCAAACACAAGCUAGAGGCUAUUCAUGAGGGACUCGUACAGGUAAAUUGCGAGGCAAGACAGCUGGACGCGUAUGCGCAAGUUUUGGAAAUGGAGACGUUGAACUGGUUAGAGAUUGCUGUUACCGAGGACGAGCACCGAAAAUUUGUGGAGCUGUGGAAUGUGCACAAGGAAGCCACCGAUUUGCGAAGCCGCCUUGAUACGAAGGCUGUUGAAGAAAUUGACGGUCAAGAGCUCAAGGAUACAAUAGUUUCACUGUUCCAGCGCGCAUACAAGGCGCAAAAAUGUACCCCAGGCGACGUUGCCGAUAAUUUAGUGAAGUCACUUGCAGUCGAAAAAGCGAAUGUUCCUGUGUACGUUGAAUUGUGCAACCCAGCUUUGAAGGAAGAGCACUGGUCGAAACUCUUUGAGAGUACGGACAUUCCACCCAUUCCACCCACAAAGCGCACGCUGCGUUCCCUAGAAACAGCUGGUCUCAUGGCCAACGAACACUCGGAGGCCCUGCGCGAGGUUGUUUCCAGUGCCGUCGGCAUUUACGAGCUGGAGCAACAGCUCAAGAAGCUGCAGAAAUACUGGGCGGGGCACUUGUUUGUGGUCGUUCCCUACGUCGGGCGGACCAACGCAUUCGUCGUAGACGCUGUUGAUGUUACUCUUGAGGAGCUCGAAGAGCAGCAAAUCGUGGUGCAGACCUGCAUCGCUUCCAAAUAUGUUCCCCCCGUUCUGGCCGAAAUGAAGGAAUGGGAAGCCAAGCUUAGCCUGAUCCACUCUGUUCUCGGGGAGUGGGUUGGGGUGCAGAAGACGUGGAUGUAUUUGGAGUUCAUCUUCACGAGUGACGAUAUUAAGCGCCAGCUUCCAGACGAGUCUCUUCUCUUUUCCUCUGCAGACCGCUUUUUCAGCUCCCUGAUGAAGCGCUGCUCCGAAGACCCACACAUGGCGCCGCUGUGUCUUGAAGGUAACGGCGACACUCUGAAGAAGCUGCAGAAAUGCACUUACCAACUGGACUGUAUUCAGAAGAAGAUUGAUGAGUAUCUUGAGACAAAGCGUGUUGCAUUCCCGAGGUUUUACUUUCUUUCCAAUGACGAGCUGCUGUCAAUUUUGUCCGACUCCCGCAACCCACUGGCGGUGCAGCCGCACCUGCAAAAAUGUUUUGACAACAUCAAGACGCUGAUUUUCGCCGAUGAAAAGACUAUUGUGGCCAUGCGGAGCUCUGAGGGCGAGGAGGUGACGUUCACGCAUCCCAUCAAGGUGAUUGGCAACGUAGAGAGCUGGCUGAACGAUGUCGAGCGCGCGAUGCGGGCAACUCUAUUUGAUCGCCUGGUCACGUGCCUGCGCGCGUACACGACAGAACACCGAACAAAGUGGUUUUUUGAGCACCCCGCGCAGUGUGUGACGACAGUGGACCAAAUCGUGUGGACCAGCGAGGUGGAGAGCGUCAUCACGGAGACAGGCAGCGGCGAUUCUUCCGCGUGGUCGUUGUAUCAGGACCGCUUUGGCGCACAACUUCUCCAGACGGUGGAGCUUGUGAAGCUCUCUCUCACAGCAUUGCAGCGCACUGUGGUGUCAAACCUUAUAGUGGUUGAUGUGCACUGCAGAGAUGUCUGCGCGGAGCUGGCCACUACCUCCCCUGGCGCGGCGCUGCAGCCGUGCUGCUCAUUGCUUGAUUUUGGGUGGCAGAAACAGCUGCGGUUCUACUACGGCCUAUCGACUAGCGUGCAUGGGGCCCGCGGCGCUGCAGAGACGGCCGACUGCUUUGUCCGGCACGGCGCGGCGGAGCUCCCCUACGGCUACGAGUACCUUGGCAACCAGCCGCGCCUCGUCAUCACUCCUCUUACAGAGCGCGCCUUCUUGACGUGCACGGCGGCGCUGCACAUGCAGAAGGGAGCUGCGCCUCAGGGUCCGGCCGGAACCGGCAAGACCGAGUCUGUCAAGGAUUUGGGCAAGGCUCUUGCUCGAACGGUGGUUGUGUUCAACUGUUCCGACGGUCUCGACUACCGUAUGAUGAGUCAAAUGUUCGCAGGACUGGCACAGGCUGGCGCGUGGGCUUGCUUUGAUGAGUUUAACCGAAUCGAGCUCGAAGUACUCUCUGUGGUGGCUCAACAGAUGCUCGACAUCACCACUGCCAUCACGCAGAGACAGACGUUCAUGAAGUUUGAGGGUCACAACAUCAAGCUGCAUAUCAACUUUGGCGUAUUCAUCACCAUGAACCCCGGCUACGCCGGCCGCACGGAGCUCCCCGACAACCUCAAGGCUCUCUUUCGACCUGUGUGCAUGAUGAUUCCGAACUAUGCCCUCAUUGCCGAGAUUAUGUUCUACGCCGAGGGCUACGGCAAGGCGCAGUCACUCGCAGCCAAGAUGAUUCGCCUCUACUCAUUGGCGUCGCAACAGUUGUCCAAGCAGGAUCACUACGACUUUGGCAUGCGCGCGGUCAAGAGCAUUCUUGUCCUCGCUGGCCGACUGAAGCGCGCGGACCCGGAUUCUGAUGAAGAGCUGCUGCUGGUGCGUGCCAUUCGCGAGGCUAACUUGCCCAAAUUCCUUGUGGACGAUCGUCACCUCUUCAUGGCCCUGCUGCAGGAUUUCUUCCCUGCUAUCAUGGACGUGUCGCCGGCGCCGGUGAGCGAGCUUAUCCUCGACGAGGCGGAGUGCGUCUUGAUGGAGGAACUUGUGCAGACGUCCCCGUCCAACCCUGAAACUCGGAUGCGGCUGCAGCCCACGGAGAGGCUACUCUGCAAAACGCAGCAGCUGUUUGACACGCUCAUGACUCGCCACGGACUGAUGCUGGUGGGCCACACCAUGACCGGCAAGACCACGGUGCGCGACACGCUUGCAUCGGUGUUGACACGCCUCGGCCGAGUACUGGACACGACCCCUACCGCUGGAGUCGAGGGUAACGAUCGUGGCAGCGGCCACCCAGGUCUCGGAGGUGGACUGGCCACGGCGCGGAAGCACCGGAUUGCCGCUGCCCUGCGUACCCUCGAUGCACGGUGCCAGUCGUACUUCACCGCCACCUACUCCACAGUCUGCAACCCAAAGGCUAUUUCGAUGACAGAACUGUACGGCGACGUCAAUCCUCUCACACGUGAGUGGCAGGACGGCGUCUUCUCUGCGAUCGUACGCAAGCUCGUCAAGCUGAGCGCAGCACAGGACGGACGCGUGGCGACGCGGCACUGGGUCGUCUUCGAUGGGCCGGUAGAUGCCGUGUGGGUUGAGAACCUCAACACCGUGCUCGACGACAGCAAGAUGCUCUGCCUCGUAAAUGGGGAGCGUAUUCGCAUCCCCGACACGAUCUCGCUCCUUUUCGAGGUGCAGGACUUGCGUGUCGCAUCGCCGGCUACGGUGUCGCGCUGCGGCAUGGUCUACGUGGAUGAAGAGUGCCUUGUCGACGGGUGGUCGCCGUUGCUGCAGAGCCUUUCCCAGACAGCCGCGCAGGAGCUCAGCGCCCGAUGGCGUCACGACCGUUUCCUGCAGCUUUGCGAGUCACUCGUGCCGCCUCUGCUCCAGGUCGUUCGUGAGGAGUGCAAGGAGUACAUCGGCACCUGUAACGCACAACUGGCGAUGAACCUCUUCUACUUGAUGAAGGCAGCGGUGCAGCAGCUCCAGGCAAUGAUCGAGGAGGAUCGGCAAAAGGAGCAGCAGCAUAAGCAAGAUGACGCGGCCGAGCUUGCGUUAAACACCCACGCACCGCUGCAGUUAGCCAGCUCCGCGGUACGGCGCUAUUCUCGCCGCCGCAGCUCGCGGGGAGCGCGCGCCGCUGUCCUCGUGCGCGGGGAUUCCGUCUUCGAUGCGCUGUUUGUGCAAAGCUGUGCCUGGGGCCUCGGCGGCAACCUGACAGAGUCCACGCGCGCACGUUUUGCAGCAGCGAUGCUGCCACUAGUCCGAGAAGAGGCGCUCUACUUCCCCACGGACGCCGAGGCUGAGGGGUGUGGUGUGUUCGAAUACGGAGUCGACUUUGAGACUGGCGACUGGCGACGAUGGGCAGAGAUGGUGCCAGAGUUUCACUACAACGCCAGCGCCUCCUACUUUGACCUCCUCGUGCCGACGGAGCAAACGGCCGUGCUGCAGUAUCUGUUGCACAGCGCCACAACAACCCACCAUCAUACACUGCUCAAUGGCUUGACGGGCACCGGCAAGUCGUCCACAGUGAACAGUUACCUGCUGCAGUCGCUGCACACGGAGGAUGUCGCGAGCUCUAUUGCAGCCUUCCGCUUCACACUGUCUGCCCAGACUUCCGCUCAGGCGCUGCAAAACACGAUUGAGAUGAAGCUAACGCGGCGCAAAGGCGACCACGAGUUUGGCGCUCCGCCCGGUAAGACCAUGAUGGUCGCCGUCAUCGACGACUGCAAUGUGCCGCAGCUGGAAGAAUAUGGGGCGGCGCCGCCGGUGGAGCUGCUGCGGCAGAUGAUUACGCAGGGCGGCUUCUACGACCGCAAGCGACUCUUCUUCAAGGAGGUGGUACAGACGAUGCUGAUAGCAUGCUGUGGCGAGCCAGGCGGCGGCAAGAACGAGAUGACGCCUCGUUUCACAUCGAAGCUGCUCUGCUUCUGCGCCCCUCAGCUGACGGAGAUAUCGAUGAAGUCCAUCUUCUCCGCCAUCUUGAAGGGUUUCUUCUACGCACGCGGCUUUGCGACCGAGGUGGCUGCGCUGGCGGACGCUGUCGUCGACAGCACGCUUGAAGCAUAUCGCCGCAUCGCGGUGGAGUGCCUGCCCACCCCAGACAAGACACACUGCACCUUCAACUUGCGCGAUGUUAGCAAAGUGUUUCAGGGUAUUUUGCAGAUCAAGCCUGCUCACUGCGCAUCCCCUCAGGCCCUCGUUGACCUCUGGAGUCACGAGGCGUCGCGCGUUUUCCACGAUCGCCUAAUCGACGACACCGAUCGUGACUGGUGGUGGCACUGCUGCGCCGAGGUGAUCGAGAAGCAUUUCUGCGGUAACGUCACGACCGCCAACGCAGACGCGGCCGACAUAGACGAGGCGCUGCCCACCCCGGAUCCUGCACAGCUCGCGACCGUCUUGUACGGCGCCUGGGUCAACCGUGAUUAUCAACGCAUCGGCCAAGAAACGUCGCUGCAGGCGGUGGCGCAGCAGCACCUGGCCGAGUACAAUACUCAGAGCACCACAUCCAUGAAUUUGGUCUUCUUCGACCAGGCAGUUCAGCACUUGUCUCGCAUCUGCCGCAUUGUGAGUCAGCCGCGCGGCCAUGCAUUGCUCGUCGGCGUUGGCGGAAGCGGCCGCUCCUCGCUCUGCCGUCUCGCCGCCUGUAUGAUGAAUAUGGAUGUUCAAACGGUUCACAUCGCGCGCAACUACGGCAUCGCAGAGUUCCGGGACGAGGUGCGGAAGGUACUGCUAGACAGUGGCGCACGGGGCAAGGAGGUGGUUUUUCUCAUCUCGGACUCGCAGCUGGUGCAUAGCGAGAUGUUGGAGGACAUUAGCAGCCUUCUUAACACUGGCGAGGUGCCGGGUAUGAUGGGACUGGAGGACAUGGAGACGAUUGUGCGAUGCUGCCGCGAGGCGUCGCUCGCUUCCAAUCGCCCCGAUACACGCACCAGCGUGUACGAGUACUUCGUCUCACAGUGCCGCGAGCGGUUUCACCUGUGCCUGUGCAUGUCUCCCAUGAGCGGCGUCUUCCGUGACCGGCUGCGCAUGUUUCCUGCGCUGGUGAACUGCACUACGAUUGACUGGUUCUCGGAGUGGCCGCAGGAGGCACUCCGCGCCGUGGCGCAGUCGACGCUGUCGAGUGCUUCACAAGACGGCGCCGCGGGGGUUGGUAUAGACAAGCUGAGCGUCCUCAUGGUCUUCCUGCAGUCCACCGUCAAGGACGCGGCGGAGCGGCUGUACGCGCAGUAUCGACGGCGCACCCAUGUGACCCCGACCAGCUACUUGGCCGUGCUGACACUAUACAAUACGAUGUAUCAGCAACUGCGGCGCGACCUGCAGGCCAGUGCCAGUCGCUACCGCAAUGGACUGGAGAAGCUAGACACGGCAAACGCGACGAUUGCUCAGCUGCAACAGCAGAUCCGCGAGAUGCAGCCUGGCCUGGCAGCUGCUGCAAAGCAGGUGGAGGAGCAGAAGAAGACCCUGUCUAUGGAGCAGCUCGAGGCGAAUCAGAUGAAGGAGGCGCAGUCCAAGGAGGAGGCGGCGGCGCAGCAGCUCAUGAAUGAGGCGGAGUUGAUCCGCCGCGAGUGUGAGGAGGGGCUGCAACACGCGUUGCCGGCCCUCGAGGCAGCCAAGCAGGCUCUUGAGACGCUAAGCGCGAAGGAUAUCCAAGAGAUCAAAACGUUUACGACGCCGCCGAGCAAUGUGGAAAAGACGAUGAAUGCCGUGCUUGUUCUGCUGGGCGAGAAGGAUGGCUGGGCAAGUGCGAAGACGUGUCUCGGCAAGUUCGACUUCAUCUCCCGCUUGACAGGGUACCCACGUGAUUCCAUCGCCCCCUCGUGCAUCCGAAGGCUCUCUCUAUUCCUGCAGGAUCCGGACUUUGUGCCGGACGUCAUCGAGAAGACGUCGCUGCCAUGCCGAUCCAUGUGCAUGUGGGUCCAUGCCAUGUACAAGUACUACUUCGUCGCCAAGGAAGUUGCGCCGAAGCGGGCGCGGCUGACGGAUGCAGAGAGGAAGGUGGAGGUGGCCCACAAAGAGCUGCGGUCGAAGCAGGUGGCUUUGCAGAAGGUGCUCGACCGCAUUACCGCCCUACAGGAUGCUGCUGCUGCGGCACAGGAAAAGGCGAACCAUUUCCAGCGGCAAAUGGAAAUCGCCAUGGCACGACUCGCGCGCGCCGAUCAGCUUAUCUCUGGACUCGCCUCCGAGCGUGUGCGUUGGAAGGCGGCACUGGUGAAGGUGGAGACGCAGCUGGGCUGCGUGGAGGGUACUGCAGCACUGGCCGCCGGCUGUGUGGGCUACCUCGGCCCCUUCCCACUGGACUACCGAGAGGUGCUAGUGGAGCGGUGGCGUUCGCAAUGCGCGACGCUGGACAUUCCCUUCGACGCCACCUAUUCCCUCGAGAGCAUCGAGGCGGAGGCGACGGUGCAGCAGUGGGCGCUACAGUCACUGCCGCGUGACACGUACUCCAUCCAGAACGCUACGAUCCUUCACCGGACGACGCAAUGCUGCUACAUGAUCGAUCCACAGGGACAAGCGAAUGCGUUUGUGCGUAAACUGAAGCGCAGUCGCUCAAGCGGCGCUGCAGGCCUGCUGCAGCUGAAACUGAACAGUCCGAACUUCAUGCGGCAGAUAGAAAACGCCGUACAGAAGGGACAGGUGGUGCUUCUUGAGGAUGUUGGCGAGACACUCGACGCAGCGCUCGAUCCGGUUCUGCUAAAGCAGGUGCGCCGCGUGGCUGGCCGCGAUGUUGUCACACUUGGCGACCGCGAGGUCACCUACGACGACCGUUUCCAGCUGUAUAUUACGACGAAGCUCGCGAACCCGAUACUAACGCCUGAACUGCAGGUGAAGCUCACAGUGAUCGACUUCACGGUAACGCGAGAGGGGUUGGAGGAGCAGCUGUUAGCCGACAUCGUCGGCUCAGAGCGGGAGUCGCUCCAGCAACGCGGUGACCGCUGUGUCAUCUCGAUCGCGGCGAGUCGCGAGGAGAUUGCGGCACUCGAGGCCCAGGUGCUGCAGCAGCUGAGCGACGCCACUGGUGACGUCCUGGACAAUGUCGAGCUCAUCCAGGUGCUGCAGACCUCGAAGGCGACAUCCGAGAAAAUCGCUGUCGAGCUGGCCGCGGUGGAAGAGACGAACAAGACAAUCAACCUCACCCGUGACGUGUACCGCCCGCUGGCGGUGCGUGGGUCUCUGCUGUACGGCGCGAUUACCCAGAUGGCCAAAGUAGAUCCCAUGUACGACUACUCGCUGCCAUUUUUCAAGAACCUGGUCGUCUCCGUCUUGGUCAGCACGCGGCACGCGUGGUUGCAGUCGCAGCAACAGCAUCACCAGUCCUCGAUUUCCACCUCGUCCAUGGUUCUCGGCAACGGCAACUUCAACGGGAGAGAGGCACAUAGCUGCCACGUGGGCCUUUUGCUGACAGACGGCAACGGUGGCCUGCCUGGCGCGAACGCUGAGGAGGAAGAAGAGGCUGUCGCAGCGAUGUCCAAGUCAGAGGUGGAGACGCGCGUCGUGCUGCUCGUGGAGGAGGUGACGUGGACGAGCUACCGUGUUCUGUGCCGCGGCCUCUUCGGUACCCACAAGCUGCUCUUCAGUUUCGUAUUGGCAACGACGCUGCUGCGCGGCAUGGGUCAAGUGACGAAGGAGGAGUGGGAUUUGUUUCUCUGCGGCGGAGCAGGGCAAACGCUGCCGCCGGCCUUUGCAGCCGCCAACGGAGAGGGCAGCGACGGCAUGACGGUACAGCGCCCCGGCUACUUGUCAAGUGGAACGUGGGUGAACUUUGGCGCCAUUUGUGGCCUCGAGGCCUUUGCCGAGGUGUGCAAAACCUUCAUCGCAUCGCUGGCGGACGCUUCUGACCACGGCGGCGCGGAUCUUUCUGGCGACGGGCCGCUGUCGUGGACGUCGUGGUUUACUGAGACCUACGGGGCGGAGGUGCUGACUCGGCUGCCGACGUCACUGGCUCGACUGUCGCUGUGGCACCGUGUGAUGGCCGUGAAGAUCCUUCGGCCAAACAAGUUCCACUACAUGGCGGCUCAGCUCGUUGCAGACACGCUGGGGCAGCGCUACACCAUUGCACCUCCGUUUGACCUUGAGGAGGCGUUCCUGGACAGCACCAAGAUGACACCGAUCAUCUUUAUCCUCUCCGCCGGCGCCGACCCGACCUCACUGUUCGUCAGCUUCGCUGAGGAGCGCGGUUUUGCUGGGCGCAAGUACAUGCUUUCCCUCGGCCAGGAUCAAGAUGUGCGUGCCACGCAGAUGAUCCGGGACGGGCAGCGCGAGGGCGCAUGGGUAUACCUGCAGAAUUGCCAUGUGUACGCAUCAUGGAUGCCGCAGCUGCAGGUGCUUGUCGAGAGCAUGAACCCGAAUGAGAUACACGCGGACUUCCGACUCUGGCUGACCAGCAACCCAUCGCCGAGCUUCCCUCCGCUGGUGCUGCAGGCAGGCCUGAAGCUCACGCAGGAGCCACCGAUGGGUUUACGAGGAAAGGUGCUGCACACACUGCACAGCGCCGUGGUGGCGGAUGUUUGGGCCGCUGCCGCUGCUGCUGCCACAGACGUCGGGAACGUCGACGCCAACGACACGUCCGACUCUGCGACGCCGCUGGUUGGCUUGCGAAGUGGACAGCCCUCCCCCGAGCUACAGCGACUUGUCUGGACACUCGCGUUCUACCACGGUACUCUUAUGGAGCGGCGGCGCUAUCGCCCGCUCGGGUGGAACAUUGCCUAUGACUGGGGCAUGGCAGACUUUGAAGCAGGGCUGGCAACGCUGCGGACGGCUCUUGCUCGCUGCAAAGAUGGCGGUGCAGGCGCCGCCACAGGUCUGCCGACGGAGGAGCUGUGCUACAUGCUGGGCACGAUCGACUUCGGUGGCCGUGUGACGGACGAGUGGGAUGCGCUGUGCCUGCAGGUUCUGACGCGCCGCUUCUUCGACGUGGAUGCGCCAGGGACAACGUCGCAGCAAGAGUCAUCGCAGGAUGCCAUCAUGCCACCUCCGUUCCCCAAGGAUGGUGUCGCGUACGCAGAGCUGUCGCAACUCGCCGAGGCUGCCUUUGCCACUGGCCGGGUAAGCCGAGAGGAUGGCGAGAGGGAGGAGGACAACGGGGAGAGUCCUGCUCGCUUCGGCUUGCACGACAACGCCACUCUCUCGGUGGAGCAACAGCUCUCAUUGGGUCUUGUCGACGCGCUUGUCUCGAUGAAUGCCGGCGGGACUGUAGCUGGCACGACUGGUACGCAGCGUGGUAGCGUCAGUGACAGCGCCAGUGGAGACCACGGCAAGGACGACACCAAGACGAGUGACGGCGGAGAGACAGAGAAUCCUGUUGCUUACGUGGCCCGAAAGUUGUUGGCGCAGCUGCCCCCUUUGCUGCCUCGCAAGGAGGCCGUGCUGGGCAGCAUAACGUCGCCCACCAAAAGCGCCACAAGGACCACGGUCAGCGCAGUGGCGGACCCCGCGCCGUUGCAAACCUUGCUUUCCCAUGAGACGGACCUGUACAACCGCCUUCUGUCCACCAUGCAGAGCUCGUUGGCAGAGCUGAUUCGCGCUCUCAAGGGUGAGGUGGUCGUGACGUUGCAGCUGGAGCUAAUGAUGCAGCGGCUGGCCUUCAACCAGGUGCCGGAGGCGUGGACACAGGUCGGCUACCUAACCCUCAAGCCGCUCGGCUCCUUCAUGGAGGAUCUCCUGCGUCGGAUACACUUCAUGCGGCGCUGGGGCGAGGCUGGGCCACCACCGAGCUUCUGGCUCUCCGGUGUCUUCUUCCCUCAAGGCUUCGUGACAGCGCUAUUACAAGCGCGGAGCCGAGCGCUGCAGGUACCCAUAGACUCCCUGCAGUUGCGCUUCCGCGCUCUGGCACCGAGUGAGGCGGCCGAGGUGUUGGGUCUGAUGACUGCCUACGAAGCGGGCACCGACGACAAGGCGUGGGCCGUGGUCGGCGCCUACGUGAGUGGCCUCUACCUUGAGGGUUGCGGGUGGGAUGCGGCACGCGGCGGGCUCGUGGAGGCCUCUCCGGGCGCCCUCACGGUGGAGUUGCCCACGAUCCACUUCGAGCCUGUCAUGACGUCGGAGUCGGCCGCCAAGGACUUCAACGCAUCCGCGGCGGCCACAUACGUGUGUCCCCUCUACAAGGUGCGCACGCGCGCCGGCACCCUGUCCACGACCGGUGUCUCCACCAACUACGUGACCAGUGUGACGCUGCCGUCACUCGACAGCGUUCCAGGCGACCACUGGACGUUGCGCGGCGUGGCCGCUCUCUGCGCUUUGGAUGAUUAG